CAUUGUUAGUUGCUGUUUUGUUAGUCUCCCACCUUGGGCAAGGGCCUUCUGCUCUAGGUAGUAGCUACUUCCUUAUUAGAAAGAGGAGGAAGUCUUAGCUAAAGCCUAAGAGAGUCCAAAGGAGAAACAUAGUUGCGUGUAGCGGUGUACCGAAACUGAAGCGGAGUCCCACCCUCUCUGUGUAUGAGCCAAAGGUCGCCGGACACACCGCUGCUCCCUCAUUGCUGCCUUGAAGAUCGCUUGGAGGAGUUUUGUCUAGACACUACGGGAGGAACAGAGGCGUGAGAGCCAGGAUGAAUGGUCACAUGUCUAACCACCCCAGUGGUUAUGGAAUCUACCCUUCUCAAAUGAAUGGUUACGGAUCUUCACCGCCCUAUUCCCAGAUGGACAGAGAACAUAGUUCAAAAACAAGUGCAAAGGCCCUUUAUGAACAAAGGAAGAACUAUGCCCGAGACAGCGUCAGCAGUGUGUCCGAUGUGUCCCAGUACCGAGUGGAACAUCUGACUACCUUUGUGCUGGACCGGAAAGAUGCUAUGAUAACUGUCGAUGAUGGAAUAAGGAAGCUGAAGUUGCUUGAUGCCAAGGGCAAAGUAUGGACUCAAGAUAUGAUUCUGCAAGUGGAUGACCGAGCUGUGAGCCUGAUUGAUUUAGAAUCAAAGAAUGAAUUGGAGAAUUUUCCUUUAAAUACAAUCCAACAUUGCCAAGCUGUGGUGCAUGCAUGCAGUUAUGAUUCCAUUCUUGCCUUGGUAUGCAAAGAAGCAACCCAGAGCAAGCCAGAUCUUCACCUUUUCCAGUGUGAUGAGGUUAAGGCAAACCUAAUUAGUGAGGAUAUUGAAAGUGCGAUCAGUGACAGUAAAGGCGGGAAACAGAAGAGGCGACCUGAGGCCCUCAGGAUGAUUGCCAAGGCAGACCCCGGAAUCCCCCCUCCUCCCAGAGCUCCGGCCCCUGUGCCGCCAGGGACUGUCACACAGGUGGACGUCAGAAGCCGAGUGGCAGCCUGGUCUGCCUGGGCAGCUGACCAGGGUGACUUCGAGAAGCCCCGGCAGUACCACGAGCAGGAAGAGACGCCCGAGAUGAUGGCGGCCCGGAUCGACAGGGACGUGCAAAUCUUAAACCAUAUUUUGGAUGACAUUGAGUUUUUUAUCACAAAACUCCAAAAAGCAGCAGAAGCAUUUUCUGAGCUUUCUAAAAGGAAGAAGAGCAAGAAAAGCAAGAGGAAAGGACCUGGAGAGGGUGUUUUAACACUGAGGGCAAAACCGCCACCUCCUGAUGAAUUUGUUGACUGUUUCCAGAAGUUUAAACAUGGAUUCAACCUUCUGGCCAAGCUCAAGUCUCAUAUCCAGAACCCAAGUGCUUCAGAUCUGGUUCACUUCUUGUUUACUCCACUGAAUAUGGUGGUCCAGGCAACAGGUGGUCCUGAACUGGCCAGUUCAGUCCUCAGCCCACUGUUGACUAAAGAUACAGUUGAUUUCUUAAAUUAUACAGUCACUGCAGAUGAACGGCAACUGUGGAUGUCACUGGGCGACACAUGGAUAAAAGUCAGAGCAGAGUGGCCGAAGGAACAGUUCAUCCCACCUUAUGUUCCGAGGUUCCGCAACGGCUGGGAGCCCCCGAUGCUGAACUUCAUGGGCGCACCCACAGAGCAAGACAUGUACCAGCUAGCCGAGUCUGUGGCUAAUGCUGCUGAGCACCAGCGCAAGCAGGACAGCAAGAGGCUGUCCACGGAGCAUUCCAGUAUAUCCGACUAUCCUCCAGCAUUCAACAACAACAUGUACAACAGAGGGCCACAUCUGGACCAAGGGGAGGCCGCCAUGGCUUUCAAGUCGACUCCCAGUCGCCACGUAGAUAGGAAUUAUGACUCAGUCAAAACACAACCCAAGAAAUACGCCAAAUCUAAGUAUGACUUCGUGGCGCGGAACAGCAGUGAGCUCUCGGUCAUGAAGGAUGAUGUUUUAGAGAUUCUUGAUGAUAGAAAACAAUGGUGGAAAGUUCGGAAUGCCAGUGGGGACUCUGGGUUCGUGCCAAAUAACAUUCUGGAUAUCGUGAGGCCCCCGGAAUCCGGAGUGGGGCGUGCUGACCCCCCAUACACACAUACCAUACAGAAACAAAGGAUGGAGUAUGGUCCCAGGGCGUCUGAUGCUCCUUCUGCCCCAUCGCCCCCUCCAACACCGGCACCCGUCCCCGUCCCCCUUCCACCCUCUGUACCAGCACCCGUUCCUCUGCCCAAGGUUCCAGCAAACGUUACCCGUCAGAACAGCAGCUCCAGUGACAGUGGGGGCAGCAUUGUGCGAGACAACCAGAGAUACAAACAACUCCCAGUGGACCGAAGGAAGUCUCAGAUGGAAGAGGUGCAGGACGAGCUGUUCCAGAGGCUGACCAUCGGGCGCAGUGCCGCACAAAGGAAGUUCCAUGUGCCACGGCAGAGUGUCCCGGUGAUCAACAUCACACACGACUCCACCCCAGAGGAAGUAAAGACCUGGCUUCAGUCGAAGGGAUUCAACCCCGUGACUGUCAAUAGCCUUGGGGUGUUGAAUGGAGCACAGCUCUUUUCUCUCAAUAAAGAUGAACUGAGGUCUGUCUGUCCCGAAGGUGCCAGAGUCUUCAGCCAAAUCACUGUUCAGAAAGCUGCUUUGGAGGACAAUAACGGAAGCUCUGAGUUACAAGAGAUCAUGCGAAGACGACAGGAGAAGAUCAGCGCCGCCGCUAGUGACUCGGGAGUGGAGUCUUUUGAUGAAGGAAGCAGCCACUGAUCCCUUCAACUCCAUGACUCUUGGCAUCCUCGGACACGCUUUGUUUUAAGAAGCCUUGAAGGGAAUGUCAAAUCUCUUGUCUUGGGAUAUGUAAUCUAUCGCCAUAAAAGAAAAAAAGUGUAUAACCGGAGUAAGCAGAGGACU